UGAAAAUUAAUAAUAAAGUUAGGACGGAUCAUUUUUAGAGUGACAAACUUGUGACGUCAUAGCUACUGCCUCUUAAAACAACCUGCAUCCGCUGCUGACGUCUUUUGUACAACUUUUUACAACGCAAAAAUACAUAUGGGACAACAAAGUUGUCAUUCUUGAAAACGAUAGAUAUUUAUUUUUAUAUAUUUGGUUGAUAUAUAUUUUUCAUUAAAAAAAUACGCAGCAGCUUUCUGGUUUUCUGUAUUUUAUUUAUUUAUUUUCUUUGAAAGGUGUUCGAGUGGGGGGGCAUUUUACACAAAUUAAACAUGCUACUGUGCUUCGCCCUAUAAGCAUCCAAGAAGCUUGUGCAAUCAAUUGGUACAGUCAAGCAGCAGCAGCAGCAGCAGCAGCCUGCGUGAGAGUGGAGACCUUCAGUCUCGCUUUAUUUCUGGAUAUUGGGGGACCUCUCUACCAUGUCAUAUCCACAAUUUGGAUAUCCUUAUUCGUCUGCUCCGCAAUUCCUAAUGACAAGCAACUCUCUGACCACAUGCUGCGAGUCUACCGGCAGAUCCAUCGCCGACUCCGGAGUGGCUGCGUCCGGGCAGACGCCCGUUUACUGCCCCGUGUAUGAGAGCCGACUGCUGGCGACCGCCAGACAUGAGCUCAGCUCGGCGGCCGCACUGGGCAUGUACGGGAGUCCCUACACGGGCACGCAAGGAUAUGGCAACUAUGUUACAUAUGGAACGGACGCCUCCGCUUUCUACUCGCUGGGUACAUUUGAUACAAAAGAUGCCACAGCCUCUGCACAUGCAGGUAUAACCCAAGCGACGGCCUACUACCCCUACGAUCCGACCUUGGGACAGUAUCAGUAUGACAGCAGAUAUGGUUCCAUGGAUGGAGGUCCUAGGCGCAAGAACGCCACUCGUGAGACAACUAGCACUCUGAAAGCAUGGCUGCAGGAACACAGGAAGAACCCUUAUCCCACCAAAGGUGAAAAGAUCAUGCUGGCCAUCAUCACCAAGAUGACCCUGACACAGGUGUCCACCUGGUUUGCCAACGCCAGGAGGAGGCUGAAGAAAGAGAACAAGAUGACAUGGCCGCCCAGAAACAAGGGCUCAGAGGAGAAACGAUAUGACGAGGAUGACGACUGUUCUCAGGAGGAGCAGAUAAAAAGUGAAAGUAAUGAAAAUGAUAGUCGAGGUCAAUCCAAUAAAGAUCUCCAGCUGAGCGACCUGGAAGAUUUUGACACUCUGGAGUCAGAGAGUUCGGAGUGUGAGUUGAAGCACAGAUACCACAUGAACCCUCACAUGACAACGACAGGCGACUGUCCCACUGAGCAUCUCAUCAAAGAUGUGUCUCUAAAAAUGUCUGGCCCGGCUGCACUCGGGGGGGAAGAAGACUUGAGUAAAAGUUGCCUAAAAACAAAUCAAGAGGAGUUCCAGGCAGAGAGUAGAGUGCAGCCAAAGGCUUGUUACAACCAACAGCCCCAGCACCACAUAUUAGACGGCAAACCUCGAAUUUGGUCUUUGGCCCAGACGGCGACCUCAUUGGUCCAGACUGAUUACCCUUCUUGUAUGCUGAGGUGUCAAGUACCCCCCUCCUCUUCCCUCAGCCCACCAUCAGUCGCUACCUCACCCACCUCAGGCCUGGACCGCAGGCAGGACUCGCCCGUCACCACACUGAGAAACUGGGUGGAUGGGGUCUUCCAUGAUCCCUUGUUCAGGCACAGCACUUUGAGUCAAGCCCUGACCAACACCACUGUAUCCUGGAGCAGCAGCACCACCAAAGGAUCCAUCUUGGAAGCAGAGAAGAGUCCAGGGGUCCUACACCAUGAACAGGACUCGUCCAAAGACAGUGCCAUGAGUUUCAAAACUAUUAACAAACUCUUUUGUUCAUAAUAACACCAAAACAAAUAAUUUAUUUAAAAAAAAAAAAAAAGGACAAAAACAACUGGGAUAGAACCUAUAUGUCGCCUUUUCGCUGGUACAUUCUUUAACACAAGUGAACUAUUCCAAUUGAUCCAGAUUUUGUUUUUUCCAACGCACGCGCACAAGUUGUUGAAUUGUAUAAUAUGUUUACAUCUUGGACAGUAUUUAUUAUUUAUUUUACUUUCGUUCCUAUACGCAUGCAUAUAUAAUUAAAAUAAUUUGGAGGAUCACUAUUAAAUAAAAAAAGUCUCACGAAUGCACAGCUGUUCAAAAGUUGGACACGUUUUUAAAAAGUCUAACCAAUGCACAGCUCUUCAAAGGUUGGAUGAGUUCCAACAUUGUGCACUGACAAUAAAAAAAAAAAAAACAUGCUUCCGAGGGGAGAUUGUGAUGUUCCUUAAGAGUUGCUGUCUCAGGAAGAGGGACUAAAUAGAUUUUUUUUAAUCAUUAUUAAUAAAUUUUAGCUUUAUCAUUUUAAUAGCAAAGCAGAAUUAAGAACAACAGACUAACUCAAAACAUCUCAUUUUAGAAGCAAGACCUCAAGACAGGCAAAUAUCUGAGCUCUGCCUCAUUAAUUCCAUCUAAACAGGCUGUAAUUGGGAUGUAGGUGGACAUAUUUCAUGGCACCCCAUUGAUUUCCCCUCUCAGCUCUCUCUCCAAUAUUCCCCAUUCUCAACCUUGUCCAUGAUGCAGCUGUCAAACUGCUAAGUUAUUCGCCAUGCGUCCAUUAAUGGGUUCAGAAAAGAAGCUCCAAUGAGAUAAUUUGCAGUUUUCACUUUUGACACUGGCUCCUCAAUUUCCAUCAGACAACAUCCAGGAAACAAAGGUCUGAAUGUGCGGGAAGAAAGUGAAAGGGAGGCACUCACGUUGUCUAAAAGUGAAAAGGGCAAAGGAACUCGAAUUAGUUGUUGUAGAUAAAAGGGCAAAUAGAGGGAAAAAAGUCAAGGGUACUUGACAGUAAUGGCAAAAGUGGAGCUCUCAUGGGACUCUGUCCUAGAAGAGCAAGGAGGGGAGGGAGGCGUGCCUUCCCAGAUGAAUUUUAAUGGGGGUGGGGGGAGCAUCAACGAUUGAGCCCCCUUUUUUCCUGCAAGGAAGCAAAGUGGGAUUUAUUUUAUUAGAGCAGCGGUAAUGAAUUUAUUCACUUUUAUAAAAGAUAGAACACAGCAUUUCAGAAGAAAGUUGAUUUAUGACAAGAAAAUAACCUCAGAUGUGUCAGAUAUGCAGGGUUAAUUGGUACUUAAUUAAUUAUUAUAGGAAGCAAUGGUUGCCUGAUAAGACAACCCUGCCACAAUGUUUGAUUAAUUUAGCAUGAAGGUACAUUUUAUUAGACCUGCAAUGUGGCCCUUUUUAAUUGACUGAAUAAGAGAGAGGUGGAUAGAAAAAAGGAGAGGGAGUGUAGCGCUAAAUCAUUCAGCCGUGUCAAAUAUGAACACACAGAGGGAGCGUGAUGGUAAAUUAACAGGCCCCUUUUACAUAGAGACCAUAUAAAACUGUAAUCAGCGGCGCGUUACUUUUCAUUAAGUAGCUUUGACAGUAGCAUAUUGAAAGAAGGGGGGGUUUCCAAGGCCCAAACAAACUGAAACAGAGAGAGUCAUAAGAUAAUUCCUUAAGCUCCAUUAACAACUCUUAGCCGCAGGAAAUGGGCUCCCCUGAAAACAUCUCCAAAUCUAAAAGCUUUAUCGACCUGGCAAACCUCAGCUGAUGGUGUUUUUUUUUUUUUUUCUUAUUUUCCCCCCCAACCCCCCACUCUCGCUCUCCCUGUUUCUCACCCCCUCUCAUGCACGCGCUCUUUAAGGGACAAAAACGUCCAAGUGAGGUAAUAGACUUUGACACAAUACAUUAAAUGGGGAAUGAGAAAAGUGGCAAAGAAAGGGCACUCUUAAAUGCCUUUUAAACGCUACCAAUUAGAGGUUUAAAACUCGAAUAAUAUGUCGGCCUUUGGCAUAUGUCUGACUGAGCGAGCUGAGCCAAAGGCCUAAUAACAAGCUUGAGCUCACUUGCAGAGUAAAAUGUGUACUAAUCUCACACAACUUGAUUGUUUCUAUAGAUAAUACUGUCAUUAGUAAUGAUAACCUUAAUAUCCUCCAAGUUCACUACAAACUCCUUUAAAACCAAGCGCCCUGUCAAAAAAUCACAUACGUUGAAACACACUGUUUAUAUGGGCCCGCAAUAGGUGAGUGCAACACAGAACAAUCAGCAGCCCUGACGAUCCCCUGAGAGGCACAGUCUGGGUCAGGUUAAUGCCACUGUGACCCUGAGCCAUAAAUAUAUUUACACACCAUUACACAUCAAUGUACAAACUCUCUCUGUCUCUCACACACACACAAGGAUUGUAUAAGGAUCACAAGGCUUGAUUGAAUAUUUAAUCUAGGCAGACCAACAUUAAUAAAGGGAGAAUAACAGUUAUGUGAUUGGAUGAAAACAUGAAGCAUGACAGUGUGAAUGGAGAACACAGACAUGAAACACAUAAUCAGAUCAGUGGCACCUUGAAGAGAAUCUAUGUGUUUGCAUUUUUUUCCCAAUGUGUUCAGCAUUACAAAUGUUUCCUUUUCAGUUUCAAAUUAAUAAAAUCUAAAUGUUAAAUUGUGA